UUUCAAUCUGAUGGUACUCCAGAAAAUAAUGAGGAUCAGGGGUUGGCUGAUUGGGCAUGGAAGAAGCAGCCUUAUUGUGGCUCUCCUGUGGGCAGCAUUGGGAAUAAAAGCUGCAGGAUGUGACAUGCUUGAAAUCAAAUACCCAUCAGCCCGCGUUAAGCUUAAAGAAGGAGAUCCCCUGACCUUGAAUUGCACAGUGUGGUAUGAAAAGGAACAGGAACAGAAACAGUCUUCAGAUCUGAAGGUCUACUGGUGUAAACAGGUGGAAAAUCAGAGCAGCUGUGCUAAGGUUGGCGAAGAGCUGGAACGCUUGCUAUCAACAAUGAGCUUAAAUCCCCAAGCAAGGGUCAGCUUGUCUCUGCUCCUGGAGAUUCAUAAUGUCAGCCGUUCAGACAGCGGUGGUUACCAGUGCAGAGCCAGUGCAAAUAACCAGAUUGCUAUCGGUCACUAUAUCCGAGUGGAAGUAACAGCAGAAGAAUUAAACCUUGUGAGUUCUUUGAACACCACAGGGAGUCCAGAGGCUAUCUCCCAAGGCAGCAAAGCUCCAAGGAUGGAUUCCUGGCUGGAAAAGACAUGGGCACUGAUCAUGAUACUCUGGCUGACCCUUUCUUAAAAGGGCACAUGUGAUGAAGAUAUGGUUUCUGGUGCUUGGGCAGAUUCCUCUAAAUGGCAGAGUAAAAGUUAACGGACUAAACUCCUAUAAAGUUGUAAUAGCAAAUUCAUUGCAUUGCACAGGACUGCAUUUCAGCGUUUCAUGGAAGACUGUUCCCGAAGAAGGAUUUUCAGUGGCUUAAUGUCUGAGCACCUGGAUGGCAGCUCUGCAGGAUUAUUUAUUGUUUCCUACACUAGUGGUUAACCCGUCAACACCCCCUCAUCAGACAGAGGGACUCACGCUCGUCAGCAUUGGAAGUGAAAUUCUGUAGUCUCUGAUAUCAGUCUUGUGCGUUUUGUCUCCACUAUAACUGAGGAUGGAUUUCUCAGUGUAGAGCAUUUAAAGGGCAGGAAGAGAUUUCUUUCCAUGUCUUCUUUCUGGACCUAUCCAGAGAGAGCUUCUAGCACUCCUUGCCUCAACCUGCUACACUCCCUCUUUAAAGAAAGAUUCCACAGUGCUUCUCUCCUGUGGCCAUUCUGUCAUCUGCAUUGUCUUCUACCAUGUUCUGUUCUACCACCUACUCUCUCUGGGUUGCUUUAAGGGUGCUGGAAGCUCUUAUCUAAUCCCAAGCAGUGGGAGGUAGAAUUCUGUAAACAGGGUUUUGCAGCUUUUGUAGCUUUAGGAUUCCAAUUGGAUUUAUACUGCAGGUCAGUUUGGGGAAUUGGAAAGAGAGACCUUCUACGGAUUAGCUCCUAGAUACACCUCUACCCCGAUAUAACACGACCCAAUAUAACACGAAUUCGGAUAUAACACGGUAAAGCAGUGCUCCGGGGUGGGCUGCGCACUCCAGCGGAUCAAAGCAAGUUCGAUAUAACGCGGUAAGAUUUUUUGGCUCUCAAGGACAGUGUUAUAUCCGGGUAGAGGUGUACUUGUUUGUUAGUUUAGGCCCAAAAUUAUGUGUGUAGGAAGAGGGAACAAUAUAAGUCUUUUUAAUUUUCAGUUACAACUUCUUUGGGAGCAAUUGAACAGGAUAUCCUCCAUGUGUACAUUGUGGGCUUCUCAGAGCAGGGGUCAGACCUUCUUCUGUUUGGAAAACGAGCACACUGUGGGUAUUACUGGAAAUAGCUAAGUAAUAACUGUAACCCUAAGCACAACAGCAGUGGGAUAGUGCAUGAGAACUUGAAAAUGAAAAUGACUAAAGAUUUAAAGACUAAAUAGAAUGUUCUACAAACAGAGAUCAUAAAUGUGCAAAUUAUUUUUUAAAAAUUCUUCAGUUUUAAUAAUUGUAGGAUUUUUAAAUACAGUAUUUUAUCUUGACUGUAUGCUUUUAAAAACAGAUGGCUUUUUUGCAGACAUAAUUCUAUAAAUCUGCUUUUGGGGGAAUAGGGAGCUCCUUUUAGACACAACGUUUGCUACCAAAUCUACGUGGGAAGGUGCUGUGUUUAUAUCUGUUGGCACAUUCAUGAGUAUGAUGCCUCUUGGUAUCUUUGUUUCAAAGUCCCUGAGUAGCUGCCCUGAUGCUGGUGUUUGAUAAGCAUUUCUGACCUAUGCCAUGUUGUAAUAGUUGUGUGUGCAGCAUGGACUGUAAAGGCAGAGAAUUAUCCUAUAAAUGAAUAAAAUACAUAAGUCAUAUGAUGUCUAUCUCCCUAGUUAUCACUGAGAAUUAUCCUAGUUAUUUAUCGACUCUGAAGGGCUGUGCUGCUUUUUAUGU